AUGUCAAAUAAAUGGUGGCAGACGACUUUGAACCGAUUCUUUGAGUCGACUCAAAUAGUGUCAUUCACAAUACCUGACGGUUUGGUGAUGGACCCGCUGGCGCCCACCGCGCUUGCGGUUUCUACAGAAUUCAUGGACCGAAUUGGCAGUGGGCUGACUUUACUCAGAGAGCACGGCAAAAAAGUUCAGAAGUAUGUUUGGAAAAACAAAAAAUUGGACAUUCUAAAGAAGUCAUGGAAGUCUAGUGUGAACGUCGUAUUAAUUGAUGCCAAAGAUACUCCGAGCGGCAGCAUCAAUGGACUGUACUGUAAAUUUAAACUUGGCGCCGAAGGUCAUAAGUCAAAGCAGCUGUCAAAGUCAAAGACGGCAUGGUGUGAAAGAUUCAACUUGUACAUAUACGAUGACAGCAACUUGGAGGUGACAGUUUGGCACAAGGGGAAUCAGAAAAGUUUUAUGGGCAGGUGUACCAUCGACCUCUCGCAACUAGAAAAGGAGAAAACCCAUGAACUGUGGCAGGAGUUGGAGUGCGGUCAGGGCUCAUUACACUUAUUGAUCACUUUGAACGGAACCACGAGAAACAUGCCGAUAGACAACGUGCCCACAACCAAUGGAGUUCGCCACACAUUACCUGCAGAGGACAAAUACUCAUGGUACCGCCUCAACAGUGACUGGGAUCAAGUCGGUGAAUUGUCAGUAACUGUCUACGGAGCAGAAGGGCUAAUUGCGCUUGGUCUCAGCGGAAAGGCAAAUGCUUAUUGCGUGUUGGAACUAGACAACUCCAGGGUGCAGACGCAUGCUGUACCUGGCACAUCUGAUCCGAUGUGGAAUAAAAGUUAUACAUUUGCUGUCAAUGACGUCACAUCAAUGCUAACGAUAACAGUAAAAGACGAAUCAAUAAUCAACACAAUGAAAGAUGAGACUAUUGGGAAGAUAUCGAUACCUCUACUUACAAUAGUUAAUGAUGAGAAGAAGUGGCUGCAAUUAGAUAACAAAUCGAAAAAUCCAAUCUCUAAAGGGAGUUCACCAAAAAUACUACUGCAGAUGUCAAUCGUGUGGAAUCCGAUUAAGGCCUCCCUUCGCUUAUUGAGUCCUAAAGAAACUAAAUAUACAGAAAAAACGCAAAGAAAAUUCAACAUCCCUCUUAUUUAUAGCAACCUGAAAUUUAUCAAAGAUAUAUUUUACGCCGUCUAUUACGGGAAUGAACACUUGAAGUACGUAUUCGAGUGGGAAAACCGUGAGAAAUCAGCGAUAGCGCUGGGAGCGUGGCUGAUCUUCUGGUUCUUCUUCCGCAUGUGGAUGACACCACUAGUGAUUGUCUUGCCAUUCAUCUACUUCUGGUUCAAUCGCAGUAAUACUAGUUUAAUACCUACACCUCAAUUAGAAGAAGAAUCAACAGAAGAAGAUCUGGAACUGACGAAGGAUGACAAAACAAUAAAAACGCGCCUAUAUGAACUUCAAGAUCUCACGUUCACCAUUAAAGACGGCAUUGACUUCAUUGUAUCACUGCUACAAAGGAUAAAAAACUUACUCAAGUUUGAGGUGCCAUAUUUAAGUAUCUUGGUGAUGACGGCGUUGGUGGUGGCUUCAAUUGGACUCUACCUUAUUCCUAUUAAUUAUAUAUUUAUGGCAUUAGGUAUUUAUAAGUUUACGCGGAAGUUCUUAAAUCCAAAUAGAGUUCCGAACAAUGAUAUCUUGGACUUCAUUUCGCGGGUACCAGAUGACAAAAUGUUGAAACAAUGGCGAGAGUUAAAAGUUCCUGAACAACCGAUUAGCAGAUCAGAUUCCAAAAGGCGAUAA